GUGUCGGAGGUGAACUAGCAGUGACACUCGUUUAAAGAUAAGCAUCGAGGGCUUUUAAAACAAGAUGCGUUUCUUGUUUUAGAAAAAAAUAAUGUCUUUAAAGACUAUUCACAGCACUUUUUUUUACCAACUUCAGUAUAUAUAUAUUGAUGUUAAUAUUAAGGUUCCAAGUGUGUGCAUUCUCUCUGGGAACACCUGUGCGCUGAGGCAGCAAGUGUGAGUCAGCAACUACGAGACGCGUCUUUACAUGACGUAAGCAUGUAACUCGUCUGUGUACGUGUAUGUUUGUAUAUACAGUGCACAGUCGGAGAGAAAAAACAUGACCAAACUCAAAUUGCAGUUUUCGCAUCAAUUUCCUCCCAUACUUUCCCUCUUUGAUGCGAUCGCGAUUUUGGAGUGUUGGAGCGCCCAUCCGGACCACAGACAAGUGCAUUGAAUGAGAACCUCUGCGUCAAAGAGGAUCAAUUUAGCCUAUUGCAGCUAACUGCAAAAAAGAAAAAAAAAAUGUAAAUAAAAAGUAAAAUCAUGAAUAAAUAUAGAAACGAGUGUUUCUUCAAAAGUGGAACUAGCCAUCGGCAGUGUAUAUAUAUGCUGGAUAUAAAUGGUUGCAAAUGCCAUUGCCAAAAGAGAAGUUCGUUGCAAUUCAGCCUUCGAGACUUGUGUUAUUUGCAAUGGCAACUUCCCUUAUGCUGUCAGCGGUGUCGGCGGCCCUGCUGGUCCUCGCUGCCUUGUCGUCGCCUACCUCCGCUCGCUCCCUCGACGCGUCUCCUUCGUCUGCGUCCUCGGGGAACCACGGCCUCAGCAAGCGCUCUCUCUUCGACCCGGCGUGCACCGGCAUCUACGACCGGCAGCUGCUGGGGAAGCUGGGGCGCCUGUGCGACGACUGCUACAACGUGUUCCGGGAGCCCAAAGUGGCCACGGGGUGCAGGAGUAACUGCUACUACAACCUCAUCUUCCUCGACUGCCUGGAGUACCUGAUCCCCAGCCACCUUCAGGAGGAGCACAUGGCGGCCCUGCAGACCGUCGGCAAGUAAAGCAUUUCCCAGAACCGCCCCUCCUCGACGUCGUCUGCGAACGGCCCGGAUUCACGAACGGCUUCAAGCAGGUCGCUCUGGUUUGCUUUCGUGCGAGUCGAAGCUCGGACGCCGGCUGCUCUUAUUUCAUUUGAUGCUUGCGGUUGACUGCCUUGGUUAGGCCGAUGCUGCUCUGUUGCUGGAGGAGGAGAUGGCGUUCCUGUGUCUCGUUUUGGGUUGUGUCAAUGCCUGUAGGGGGAUGUAUGAGGCCGUCUAUCUUUCCCUUUUGAAUAAACUCAGUUUAAAGUUGUA